UGGUAGCACUUUUUCGCGUGUGUUUGGAGGGAAGUAGUCCGGUGUCUGAUACAUUGCUUAAUUUCGAUUAACUUACACAAAUCAGGCUAAAUAAAGCUUUAAAAAAAUGUCCUCAACAGAUAUAGCAAUGGAGUCAAGCGCUGAGCUUGAGAGCGCGCCCGGUGCAAGUCUCGCAACUGUCGGAAUUGCCAACACGAACAAUGUAUUAAAGAAACUUGCCCACAGCACCGCCGGCAGUGGCGGUGGUGCUGGUGGUGUAGGUAAAGGAUCUCCUGGCGAUGGCGAAGCGACUGGCAACGCAGAUGAGAUGACUUCAAGAGACUAUUACUUUGACUCAUAUGCCCAUUUCGGAAUCCACGAGGAAAUGCUUAAAGAUGAGGUCAGGACUGUCACAUACCGCAACGCAAUGUACCACAACAAACAUCUUUUCCAAGGAAAGACUGUUUUGGAUGUUGGAUGUGGUACUGGCAUACUCUCCAUGUUUGCUGCUAAGGCUGGCGCUGCCAAUGUCAUUGCCGUAGACUGUUCCAACAUUAUAGAGUUCGCUCGACAAGUGAUAAUCGACAACAAUUUACAAGAUAUUAUUACUGUAGUCAAGGGUAAAAUCGAGGAAAUCGAGCUUCCGAAUGGAAUCGAAAAAGUUGACAUUAUUAUUUCGGAAUGGAUGGGGUACUGCCUCUUUUAUGAGUCCAUGCUGGAUACGGUGUUGUAUGCUCGCGAUAAAUGGUUAAAGCCCAAUGGCAUGAUGUUCCCAGAUAGGGGUACACUUUACAUCACAGCUAUCGAAGAUCGCCAGUAUAAAGACGAGAAGAUCAAUUGGUGGGACGAUGUGUAUGGCUUUGAUAUGAGCUGUAUACGGAAGGUGGCUGUUACCGAACCACUUGUUGAUGUUGUCGAUCCAAAGCAAGUAGUUUCUACUGCGUGCAUGGUGAAAGAGGUUGAUUUGUACACAGUGCAAAAAUCCGAUUUGAACUUUUCUUCGAAAUUCAACCUUACCAUCAAGCGCAAUGAUUUUGUCCAAGCUUUGGUCACAUACUUCAAUAUUGAGUUUACCAAAUGUCACAAACGACUUGGGUUCAGCACAUCCCCUGAUUCCACAUAUACACAUUGGAAGCAGACUGUCUUCUAUUUGGAUGAUCACAUAACUGCCAAAAAAAAUGAAGAGAUCAAUGGAACGUUUCAAAUGAAACCAAACGAACGGAACAAUCGGGACUUGGACUUUGUCAUCGACAUCAACUUCAAGGGCGAGCUAUCUGAAAUCCAGGAGUCAAAUACAUACCGUAUGCGUUAAAUUCACGCCAUGUUAUUUAUGCGGACUUAGAGCUGCUGCCUUCUUAAGCCAGAGGGAAUUAAAACAAGAUGACUAGACGUAAGAUAUAAUCCAGUGCGAAAUGUGCAACGAAUUUGUGUUGCGUCUUCUACUAAGUUUAAAGUGUACCUUUUUAGUAUACAUUAUAUUUUUACAAGUGCGCCUGUUUAAAUUAUGAUUCAAGAAUACUUCUAAGACAUUUGUACAGUGGCACAUUAGGUCUCACACGAAAACAAAAUAAAGUGUGCGGUAUCCACACAAUUUUACUGGA